UGUUCGCGCGCGUUAGUGGGCGGGCAAACACGCACGGGUCCGAUCCUGGGUGGAGUUUUAGGAGCAGCGCUUUUAGGAAUGGGUCUCAAACCUAUUCCGUUUAGACAGCAGAGUUACCAAGAGAGAGCUGAAAACACCUGGUGAUCUGUUUGGGACAAUCAGCUCAAAAAAAAAAAAAAAACAAACAAAAAAAAUCCAUCCCCACCAACAACAGCUCCUCUACUGUCGGAAACUAAAUCUACCUCCAAGUUUCUUUUUUUGGUUGUUUUUGUCUCACUUUUGUUUUCUGAGAAAAGUAACAGAGCCGAUCUCCAUCUUCCAAAGAGUUACUGAUAAGGAGACACUGCACUAUUUUUUAUUGUUCUUAUUUAUUAUAUAUUUUUGGGUUUUUUUCGUGUGUGUGUUUUUUGCACUAACUAUGCACACCACGCAAAAGGACACGACCUACACGAAGAUUUUUGUCGGGGGUUUACCUUACCACACCACGGAUUCCAGUCUCAGGAAAUAUUUUGAAGUUUUCGGUGAGAUUGAAGAAGCGGUGGUCAUCACCGACAGACAGACCGGAAAGUCCAGGGGUUAUGGAUUUGUCACGAUGGCGGAUCGCUCGGCUGCAGACCGUGCCUGUAAGGACCCCAACCCCAUCAUCGAUGGCAGGAAGGCCAAUGUCAACCUGGCCUACCUGGGGGCCAAACCUCGGGUGAUGCAGCCAGGAUUUACCUUUGGUGUUCCUCAGAUUCACCCUGCGUUCAUUCAGAGACCCUAUGGCAUCCCGGCCCACUACGUGUACCCUCAGGCCUUUGUGCAGCCUAGCGUGGUCAUUCCACAUGUACAGCCUGCAGCCGCUACACCUGCUGCUGCUUCCUCCCCUUACAUUGACUACACUGGUGCCGCGUAUGCGCAAUAUUCUGCAGCCGCAGCCAGCGCCGCAGUCGCCGCCGCUGCGUACGAGCAGUACCCUUACGCCGCCUCCCCUGCUGCUGCGGGCUACGUGGCCACCACCGGCUAUGGUUACGCGGUCCAGCAGCCUUUGGCCGCCGCCACCCCAGGCUCAGCUGCUGUAGCCGCUGCAGCCUUCGGCCAGUACCAGCCCCAGCAGCUGCAGGCCGACCGCAUGCAGUAGCAGCCAUUGCAGCUGCUUGACAUGCAAAGAGAGGAGCCCCGCCCCUGGUUGCAGCUGAUUGGCCGAGAGAGGGAGCAGCAAAGGAACACGGUGUAACCACGAGAAUGGACGAGACGGUGACUUGGAGGCAACGUCGCUUUAAAAAAGGUGAUGCAUUGGUGAGGUGGUAACUUUAGCUUUCCAACUUGCUGUGCUUCAACCAAAAAUAAUGGUCAAAAUGAAAAAAAAAUUGCAGAACAAAUAUUAUAUUAACAAAUAUUAUUAUUAUUAUUAUCAUUACUAUAUCAACAUGGUAGAAUGCUUAUUUCUUGAGAAGAAAUACAGGAACUAAUCCCUGUGGAUGGUAUAGGUGUUAAAUUAAGCCUUUAAGUCCUUUUGCUGUCUUUAUCGUUAAUUUAAGAAAAUGUUCUUUUUUCCAUGGGGCACUCGGACGUGUUCCACAAGUGUUAUUAGUUAUUUUAUGCCCUCAUAACAUAUAUAUUUAUUAUUGUUAUUAGAUGUCGGGGGCCUUUCUUCUUGUUUUUUUUUUUUUUUUUUUAGGUGCAUUUGACAGCGUUAAUAUUUUCUGAUAAUCAGGGAAAUGGAACUGUUUCCAGUGUUGUUAUUAUGUGAGUGAAGUUGAGGAUCUGGAGAGUCGUAACCUGUCGUGUCCCAUAUAUUUAAAAAGCUGCCUUAUUACCUUCCUGAUGCUGAAUGUCUCUUUUUUUAACUCAGUGUCUCAACCUCUUGACCUAAGCAAACAAAUCACCAAGAGACAAAAAAAAAAAAAAAAUGCUGCAGGAAAAAAAAAUUUAAUAAAAAAUAAAAAUGUCAUCAGCUCUAACGUGACUCCUGAACUAAAGGGGGACUUGGAACGCGACAAAGCAAAAGCCACCACCAAAGGAGAGAAAAUCCCUUCAGAUGGCAAGAAAUGGUAAAUCACGUUUCUCUCGCGCGUAUGCCAGUGCGUGCACGCAGUGUCAAACAAGCGGAGGACAAAGACAAAGGCGCCACAGUUGUGUUUCUCUUUGGCUCUGUGUUUUUGGUUGUGGAGAAACAAAAAAAAAAGAACGAGGGGGUGAGAGCAGCUGCUGGUGGGGGCAAGCAGAGCCACACAGACGGAUCUCUCUGGAAAGAAUGCAUCACUUGUGCUCAUUUGUUGAGCUGUCACAUUUUAAUCCCGGGGCCCACCGACCUUACACCCCUCCACCCGAUGCAAAAAGGCACCACGGCCCCACAGCAGGGCCCCCGGUGUCCCUGUCAGCACUUCUACCUCUGUGCUGUGGACUGCAGCCAGGCUACACUCUCUCUCACCAAAGCUACCCCCCCCCCAAAAAAAAACCUGGUCUGCCUCAUGUCUGUCAAGAAAACAGUGUUGGCGGUGAAGGAAGUUGGACUGCUGGCUCUUUGACUUUAUGUUGUUCUGUGCGCCUUACAUUUGUACUGCAGUUUAAAGUUACAGUGUGUAGGAUUUAAGCGGGGUUUGUUUAAGCAUAAAUGGAAUAUAGCGUUCAUAACUAUCUGUUUCUGAAUGUGUAAUUACCUGCAACAACCCAAUCCAUGUGUUUUCAUCAUCUUAGAAGGAGCCCUUCUUGUCUACAAGGGAGGGGCCCCUCCCAUGGAGGCCGCCAUGUUGAUACAGUAACCCAGAUGAGACAAACUCGCUCUGUAUUUUGUAGCACAACCAGAACACUGAAGAAAAAAAAAAAGAGGUUGAAUGAGGGUUGCUCAUUGGGUAGCGCAGUCUCGUUUGAGGGCGGGUGAUAAAGGGGUAAAAUAUAAAGCAUAUGACGUAAUUUCUCUACUUCUGGGGACGGAAACAUGGCACUUCUGACAUUUUGGGAAAAUUACAUGCAAACAAAGUGAAAAUACAAAGAAAAAGUGAUGAUGUGGUAGAAAGUGGACAUGUGUUGCGGUUUCUUUAUGACCCGGAGCACAAACGUGUCGAGGCGGGUUUGCAGGUGAGAGAACGCAGCUACUCUGGUUAGCUGUGUAGGCUAACACUUACCGACACGACGUCUCCCAUUUGCCUCAUCUUCCCUUCUCCACUGGGAACCGAAAAAAAACCUCCACUUUUCGUGAAUGCUUUAGUGAUUGUUGCCAAAAACAAAACAGUAUGCCAUUUAUCCCUGUGAAGUUCUGCUGUGUAUAUAUUGCGCAACGGGAGCGGCCGUUCCCUUAAGUGGUCAAAUCCUGUGAUAUCAUGCAGGGUUCAAACGAGACUGCACUGCCCUAUUAAUAAGGGAGGGUUGCUUGCUCAUACACUGUCUACUGGUUGCUAGUGCAAAGCUAACAAUUUUGAGAACCCUCAUUUUUGUGAAAUUGGGGCUCAGAUGUAUUUCUUAGAAGAGAAGGCAAGAGAGUGUAUCCCCCAUUAUCAAAGAAGCAAAAACAUGAAGGGGAGAAAAAAAAAUCAUAAGCGGUGAUGGCAAAAUGUAAUCUACAACCUCACCACUAGAUGGCACUAAAUCCUACACAGUCUAGCUUUAAGUGACUUUUUUUUAAGUGAAAAAUCUACUAUUUAAAAUAGGCUAUUUAUUUUUGAGGUUUGACCGCGUUGAUGCUCUGAGAAAAGAGACUUAGCGGCGGUACUGUAUUAAUAAUAUUAUGUACUCAUCUCAAGGUAUACAUAUAAGUUAUUGAUUAGUUUUAGUAACAAUAUUAUUAUUAUUAUAUUAACAUAAUCAAAAAUGUUGAUGUAGGAGACAUUUAAGAUACAAUUCUGUAAUGUGCACUGUACCUUUUUUUUAAUCUUUUGAUUCCUUAGAACAUGUCGUUACGUAUAUUAGUUAGCCUAAUGCCUUUUCAUAUGAAAAAAACCUUAUUUAAAUGCAAGGCUGCUUGCAUACAGAUUGCAUUCUGCCUCUUCUGUGUUUAGAUCUGUUGAAAAAUAUAAUAAUUUUGAAAAAAAAAAAGCAAAAAUGCUGCUUAUUCCAUUAGAAUGUAUAGUCAUCAUUGUUGAAGGUUUCAGUAGCUUAUUUUGCUUCAGGUGAGCUAUUUUACAUUGUUGGGGAAUUUUAUACUUGAAAUAUUUCUUACAAGGGAAAUAUGAAAAUAAAUGACAAUUGUCACUGGAUGAAGGCAUGUAAAGUGUUACUAUUUAAAUGCAAAGUCAUGUUAAUAGUAAAGCCUUUAUUUCAGAAAAUGCAACACCAUUUAUUCAAAAUUGGAAUAAAAUGUUCUGAAAUGCAAUGC